AUGGUUAGAUACGCGAACAGACCGCGAUACGCGAACAGACCGAUCCACAGAUGGUUAGAUACGCGAACAGACCGAUCCAGACAGAUGGUUCCACAGAUGGUUAGAUACGCGAACAGACCGAUCCACAGAUGGUUAGAUACGCGAACAGACCGAACAGACCGAUACGCGAACAGACCGACAGAUGAUUGGGGAUGUGGUAAUCGACGCGUCCUUUUACAUCUGCAAGUUAAGCAUUCCGGCGAGAGUGAUGGUGGCAGUAGUUAUUCUUAUUUAAACAACGAGGGCAAAGAGAAGAAACAUAUUUUGCAGGACCGGUUCAUGCGCUACGGCUUCCUCAAUCAGAUACUGAGAGUCUCUGUUCAAAUCGGGCUAUCGCUCUCUUUUAGUCUAUAUAUGUAUCUACUCUCCGGUUUCUCUAGACCUUUACCUUCAUCAUUUUUAACUUCCUGUCUCCAUUUUUGUUUUCUUUGUGCCUGUCUCUUUCUCUUUAUAACUAUCUCUAAUCCUCUUAUCUAUCUGUCUCCUCUUUUUCAUCCAUCUGUCUUAGUCUUUUCAUAA